CUCCUUCUUCUGGUCCCUCUUCGUAUUUUGGGCUGUCAUCUAUGGCAUUCGCGCGUACAGAUACAAUUCGUCAUCGCAGAGUCUUCUUCCAACGGGUAGCAAGCCUCCUAGGGCAUCACUCUCAAAGGGCAAAGCGCUAGCAAUCACUCUUAGAAACUUUCACUUAGAAGUUCGAACGGGUGUGUUAAAUGCUCUGCAUGAUGGUUUAAUUGCAAGGCUCGAGAAUCCUUCGGCACGAAUGGUUAGAAGUGCUCUUAAACUAUUUUAUGACGUCGGAACUGCUUUUGGUGUUCUGGGCUUUUUGCUGGGAUUUGGUGUACUUGUAUACGCUUCAACCCAAUUUCUCUCAGUCAUCCUUUCGAAUCAUGAAGUAUCUCAGCAUAGACUAAUGAAGAGAGCUACUGAGGUCUCUGGGAUGGGCGAAACAUCCACUCUGGCUGUUAAUUUAAUCAUACCAGGCGUAACAGUUCCACAGUCCCAUAUUUGGUUCAUCCUCCUCGCUCUCUUUUCAGCACAAUGUUUACACGAAGCAGGGCAUGCAAUAGCUGGCGCGAUAGAGGGUUUACCGCUCCAAGCAGUAGGGGCCUCACUAACUGUCGUCUUACCCUCCGCAUUCGUGUCUUUCUCAUCUUCUAUGGAUUCUAUGGCGUUGGAAACCUCCAGGUUACGUGUCAUCGCUUCGGGCGCUUGGCAUAAUUUUCUACUGUGGGGAACAAUAUACCUGGCAUCCUUCAUGAACUUUUCUUCCCUUUGGAGUGCACUCGGAUAUAGGGACGCGAGUGAUUUUGGCCUUGUCGUCCUUGAAAUCGAAGAGGGAUCUCCCCUGACAUACUACCUGCAACCGGGCAAUGUUAUCGUCAGCCUCGACGACGUUGCCCUCGGAACCACAAAUACUAGUAGACAAACCUCUCCGGAAGACCUGUGGUCGCAACUUCUUCUCAGGCAUGAUCCCCUCAUCGCAGAACAAGGGUGGUGUAUUGACAGUGACACUUUUUCCGACCAACCGAUGACUUGCUGCAACUCAAGAGUCGCGAAAGGCAUUCCGGCGCAUCCGCCUGCAGCGCAGCUCUCAUGCUUUGUCCCAAUACAAGCUUUUGGGAAUGGGCAAGGACGUUGUGUUGACCCUAUUCCUAUUUUGUCUCCAAAUCCAUCUACGUCUCCUGCUGGGAGGUGCUUUUCCGCGAAAGAUUGUGACGAGCAUACUGCCGAGCAAGACGCAAUGGGGAAGCCGAAAGAAUGCGUUCGACCAGACCUGAGUGCCCAACUGCUUCGCAUUGGAGUUUCUCCUCCGAUUUGGGAAAUAGAUUUGACAUCCAAAGAGGUGAAUAAUGAGACUAGAACUGUAUUAUGGAGUGGGCCUAGGGAAGAGGUUUGGGAACAGGUGAAAGUGGGUUCAUUGUCGCCUCGUCAUCAAAUUCUUCCUCUCUGGCUUCCCAACUCUUUGUCACUAUUCUUUAGCUACUUAUCAACCCUAUCCUUCUCGCUGUACAUCUUCAACCUAUUUGCUUUACCAUUCCUGGACGGAUCACAUUUUCUCUCGGCCCUGAUCGACCUCUGCGGGUCGACACGAGCCAACGAAUCUUCCUUGCUGGAUGCCUACACAGCUGACGACCGCCCGGAAUUUUCGCACGAUAUUGAACUUGGAGUCGCGUCCGAAAACUCAGAUAACGACUUCAUCAUGCGUCGAACAGGCACACGUAUUCGAUUCUCCUCGUCUCUCGCAACUUUGAUAUCGAAGUGGAGACGACGAAUACGAAGGCGGAAGGACAGGAUUGAACGGGUUGUUAAAAGUGUUACGAUCGGAUUGAUGUGUUUUGCACUCGUUGGGAUGAUUUGGCCGAGAUAAUAUACAUUAAU